AUGAACCUCAUUGCCAAUUUCAUAUUUACCAUAUUUCUCAUUUUCUUCUGUUCAGGAGUCUUAUUUAUGCUAUGGAACUGGGCAAUGGAAAACUUUGGCGGUAACCGCAUUGCACUCCAAGACCUAAGUGGAUACAGGCAGCCUCCAGAGGACGAAGAAGCUGCUAUUUCGGGAGAAGGCUAUCAAGACGAAGCAGAAUAA